UGGACACCAACUCGUCUAACAGACACGGCCACAGAUCUCACAGUCGCAGUCACACACGUUGCCAUGCUGAGUUUAGUUGCAUCACCACCACGGGAGCUGCAGCCCCUCAACAUGGACACUGAUAACAAGAAGAGGGCAGGAAACCUAAAGCUUCGGCUUCAGUGCAGAUCGUCUCAAGCCGCCACCACCGAGGGUAUUUGCUAUGAGGAGAUAUCCCAGUGGUCACACUCACUGGAAGGCCUCCUAUCAUCCAAAUAUGGCAUGAAGAUAUUCCAGGCCUUCCUAAAGUCAGAGUUUAGUGAUGAAAACAUCGAUUUUUGGCUGGUGUGUGAGGACUAUAAGAAGAUCAAGUCUUCCUUCAGGAUGUCCUCGAGGGCCAAAAAGAUUUUUAAACGCUACAUUCAAGCCGAGGCUCCGAGAGAAAUCAACAUUGAUCACAAGACCAGAGAGAUGAUCAGACGGAACAUGAAGACGCCCACCGCCGUGUGCUUCGACGACGCCCGGAGGAUCGUCUACGGGCUGAUGGAGAGGGACUCUUACCCACGUUUCCUCAGGUCGGACAUCUACCAGGCCCUACUAGACUCCACAUCAGAAUCGAUUAAGAUGUAAAGAAAACGGAUGCCGCAGACAUCGUGAACUGUGAAGCUGAGCCUGAUGCGCUGGAUGCCUGAGAGAAACUGCGUUUUUGCUUGUCGGAGCGCCGCUGGUGGUGAUUCUUUAGCACCAAAAGACAUUUCAACACGGUCCCUCCUGUGGCUGAGAAGACCCGUGUCUGCGUUGGCCUCUUGCGACUGCGUCAGAGGGGAGAACGCAACCUCGUCAUCAAAGAGGCGAAGACAGUUUGUUCACAACCAGAGGGUGUAACCGAAAGGUUCGGAUAGAGAGAGAGAGAGAGAGAGAGAGAGGCCGGAAAGGGUCGAUUUCGAACAUCGUCAGAUCGUGUGAUAACGGCUGUAAAGCAAAGGACUUCCCGGAGAUGCCACGAUUAUGCAGACAAAAUGCGAGGGACUUUUUGUACAAGAUGCUAUGAAGAGUGCGUGUGGUGCAAACAACACCCAAGAUGCAAGAGCUCGAGUUAAAGACUGAUCACCAUGUUACUUUUAUUGUUAUUUCACUAAAGCAACAGAAAGUACACUAUCAAGAUACCUAUUUUUAUGCACUGUGUAAUUUUUUUUAAACAUUCUGACCACAAUAACACACUGAUAUGACUUGGGGUUAUGUGUUAAUUGUAUUAUAAUUAGUAAUAAGCUUAAGAACAUUAUGGGAAUGGGGAUAUUGAACAUUUUUGAUAAUAAACUAAAUAUUUGCAUUCAAAUCUACUGAAAACAAAUUGCUUUGAACCUGCAGGGGCACAAAGACGAAAGUUUGUUCUUCUCACACAUGACAAACAAUGAAGCAUCUGUGCAACAAUUUA